UAUCCACGAAAGUGUCUUAGGCCGAUGCCGUCGUCCAUAGCAAAAUAAAAUGGCGGCUAUCGUGCCUAACUUGCCUGACGUCGUACAUAAAAUUUUUCGACGGCCCUAACAUCGUGCUUAGCGGUAAAACAGGCUGGACCCUGUCUUACCAGCCCUUAAGGACGAUGGAUUUGAACGUAAACAAUCAAGAUGGCAGCGCCACAAGAGCAACAACCACAUCAGCCAGGGAAUAAUUACCUUAGAAAGGACGUUCUAAAUGAACUUAAUAAUGCUGAGCUCAUCAAGAGGUACAGGUUAGACCGGGAAGGUAUAUUAUUUGUUACCAACCUUGUAAGGGCAGCGCUGAAGAGUGAUACCAACAGGUCUAACCCGCUCACCCCGGAGUUGAAGGUUCUCAUAACCUUAAGAUAUCUUGCUACUGGCAAAAUGCAACAAUGUAGCAGUGAUGACCUUGGCCCCUCACAGUCCAGCAUCAGCAGAGCCAUCAGUAAAACUAUAGACGCCCUUGCAGAUGUUAAUGUCCUCAAGAGGUUCAUAACUUUUCCUGUCACCCAAGACAGCGCUGACCGAAAGAAAGCAGAAUUCUUUGCUAUAGCCAAUUUCCCUAACAUCGUAGGUGCCAUUGAUGGCACACACAUCCGAAUUGUGGCACCGAGGGAUCAAGAAGAAGUGUAUGUGAACCGGAAGGGGUAUCACAGCAUGAAUGUCCAAGUUGUAUUUGAUGCCAAUUAUCGAAUAUUGGACAUUCUUGCCAAGUGGCCAGGGUCAGUGCAUGAUGCACGUAUCUUGAACAGCAGUGGAUUGUCAAGAUUGUUUGACGGAGGAUAUGUGCCAGCAGGAAGUCACUUGCUUGGAGGCAGUGGGUACCCCUGCAAGACAUGGCUCCUUACACCUUAUCUGCGUCCACUGCCUGGACCUCAGUCACGAUAUAAUAGGUCUCACAAAAUUACACGCAGUAUUGUUGAACGUGGAAUUGGACAACUCAAACGCCGAUUUCAUGUUUUGCAUGGUGAGGUACGAUUGAGGCCCCCCCUCAAGGUGUGCAAAAUCAUUCAUGUGUGUGGAAUGCUGCACAAUAUUUGCAAGGAUAGGAAUCUUCCUCUUCCUCUGGAUGACGAGCAACCAAUGGGUGCAGAGGCACAAGUCCCAGUGCCAUUAAAUGAUGCUGCAGAAGAACCUGCCAAUGCGCCCGGUGGUCACCGUAAUGAGGGUCGUGCCUAUCGGGAUGCAUUCUGCACCUUGCAUUUCAACAAUGAGGACUGAUGGAACGUCCUCCAACAGGGCCUCGUGUACCUACCUUGCCUGUUCCUUGGCCCGCAUAGCUGCCUCCUUGGCCCUCGCAGCGGACUCCUUGGCCCUCGCAGCGGACUCCUUGGCCCUCGCAGCGGACUCCUGUGCUCGGGCAGCUGCCUCUUGGGCCCGUGCAGCGGAUGCCACUGCCUGAGCAGCUGCCUUGAGUUCCUGGGCAGCAGACUCCACUGCCUUUACAGCUCCCAUUUGUCCCGUGGUGGGAUCUUCUGAGGGGGUGGAUGAAGGGGGAAGCACUUCUUCUGCAGAUGCAUCAACAUAUAUUACAGUUGGUGCAUCUGCAGAUUCGUGGCUAUUGAUACCGACCAACGGAUCUGCUGUUGCUCCUCCUGCAGCAGGUCUCACGUCCUUUCUGCAAGCAAUGGAUUUAAUCAUUACAUGGUGUACAAGCUUGGAAGAUGCAAGGACACACCUGCCAGCAUAGUGAAAUCACUCCUAGAAUAGUAUACUACAUUAUAUAAUCUAUACACUAUAUUACCUUACAUGAACACAAUCUAUCUUAUAUUCUUUACUAAUUUUUGCUGUGCCUUUGGCCGGCGCCUUGUGUAAAAAAAAUUCAAUUAAUGAAUGAUAUAAACAACUGACUGACAGUAA